AUGGCAGCUUGUCUGCAGAGUUCACACUGGAGGUGCCUCCUAUUCGUGCUGGGUGUGUGUCUCACCCGGGCUGAGCCUUUUAAUCAACCGCGCCUCUACCAGUACAAAGUCGGACCUAACGAAGACAACAUCAUGAUCGCCAACAACGGAAUCAGGGUUCCCUUGGGGAAAUCGGUAUUUCUGGAUCCUGUGAACGACUUGGUGACAGAAGUUCAGCCCGGGGAUCGCUGUCACAUAACCGUUUUGGACAACGACCCUCUGGCUCAGAGACCGGGGACACUGACUCCCAAAAGGUUCCCCUGUUCCUUCGCGUCCGACGAAGUGAAAUACACUCAUUUUGGCUCGAGGAGCCCGAGCACGGACCGGGUGAAGAUGCAGUUGCGCUACGACUCCCAGACGGACACGGUAGUAAUCCCAUUCAUGCUGGAAGUGGAGGUAGUCUUCCAGCAGCUGGAGGUCAUCACCAGGAAUAUGCCCAUCAAUGUGGAAAAGCUCAACGGCCAAAGCGGUCCCAUCGACAAGAAAGCCUUGGAGUUUUCCUACGAGGAUGGCGUCACGCAGUGCAAAAUCGCCACGCUGGCCGGCGCAGGGGGUCUACCCAGGUACGGGGAGCUUGUGAACAACCCCAACAACGGUCAAAUGGUCGAUUGCGAUGAAUUUGUGAAGCGGGGAAUCCGCUACAAGCACACGGCGAAGACCAAUUCGCCGAAUAGGGACUACAUUCCCAUGGUGGUGGAGCUGCAGGACAACGAUGGGAACAUCAUUAUCCAAGAGCACUUUCAAAUGAUGGUUCGGAUCAAGGAAGGUGCGGAAAACACCGGGCCGAAACCUAGUUUUGUCUCCAUGAUGAUGAUGGAAGUGGACCAGUUCGUGAUGACCGCCAUUACUAGCGACAUGCUAGCCGCCGAGGACGUUGAGUCAGACCCUGAUGAUCUGAUUUUUAACGUCACGUCGCCUCUAGGCCCGGAGCAGGGCUACAUUAUCAGCACGGACGAUCAGAACAUGCCCAUCACCUCCUUCUACCAGCGGGACAUAAAAGAUCUCAAAAUAGCUUACAAGCCGCCUUCGGGCGAUUCCGAAGUGGAGAGGAUUUUCCAGCUAGAGUUUGAAAUCGUGGACACGGACGGAGCCGUGUCGGACCCGUUCGCUUUUAUGAUCGUGGUGAAGCCCAUGAACACCAUGGCCCCCGUAGCUACCAAAAACACAGGGCAGCUCUUGUACGAGGGUCAAUCCAGAGCGCUCUCAAGCUCACAGAACUUAGAGAUCAGCGACGAAGAUAACCUGGAAGACGUGAGGAUCACCGUCAUUGACGGCCUGAAGCACGGUGAGCUGAGCGUACUCGGAGGUCAGAGGAAAUUCUUCACCCCGGCAGAUCUGGACGCCAGACUCGUCGUGUACCAACACGACGGGAGCGACACCUACAGCGACAACAUCAUUUUCCGCAUGACGGACGGCCGGAACGAAGUGGAAUUUUUGUUUCCCAUCACCAUCGUCCCCACCGACGACGAACCGCCAAUCAUCAACGCCAACACCGGGGUGGUUCUCUUCAAGAACGAAGUCAUGCAGAUCUCCCCAUUCAUCCUCAGCGCCACGGAUAUCGACUCGGAAGACUCCACCGUUAAGUUCAUCCUGGAGGCGCCUUACUCCGUCGUGGGUGAGUUCCUGCUCCGGCAAGUGGAGCCCCCCUCUGACCCAUCCCUGUGGAAGUUCAGCCCGACGGAUGAGAUGUUCGAGCAGGUGGUGACUGAAUGGUUCCAGCAAGACAUCAUGGACGGGAAGCUCUUCUACAGACAUGUUGGAGGCCACAGCACCACCACUGUUAUUGACCAGCACGUAUUCCGGGUACAGGAUGAUAACGACCCGCCCAAUCAAUCCGGUGAGCAGUUGUUUACCAUCAAAAUCCAUCCUGUGGACGACCUGCCCCCAGAACUCACCCCGGGGACCACCCUUCACAUGACGGUCAGGGAGUAUGAACUAACAUACUUCAGGAAGUUAUUUUUAAGCUACAGCGAUUUAGACUCUGAUGACCGGGACCUGAAGUACACCAUCACGAAUCCUCCGACUGACACCGACGAGAACAACCCUGUACCCUUAGGUGACAUUGUACUAACCGAUGACCCUGAUGUCGUAAUUACCGAGUUCACGCAAGCUCAGGUCAACCACCACAAGGUGGCGUACAAGCCCCCAGAUCAGGAGCUUGGCAUCACCCCUAAAGUUGCUCAGUUUACAUUUACCGUGGAGGACACUUCUGGAAACACAGCAGAAGGUCUGUUCACCAUCUUCCUCCAGCCGGUGGACAACAAACCCCCGCUUAUUACAAACCCGGGGUUCACCAUCAUGGAAAGAGGCUCGUACGUCAUCGGCGGCAAGGAUCUCCACGCAACAGACACUGAUACAGAUGAUGAAAAUAUCAUCUUCACCGUGAGCCAGGUCCCGAAACACGGUCGCCUGCAGUAUCUAGGCAUCGACAUGUCUAACGGCGAAACGUUUAUCCUCGAGGACAUCGCUAACAACCGCAUAGCUUACGUCCACAGCGGCGAGGAAUCCCUGGAUGAUGUCAUCAAACUGGACGUAAGCGACGGUUUCCACGAGGUGCCCAUUAACGUAAAAAUCGCCGUGACCCCUGUAGACGACGAGACCCCCACCAUCAUGCUCCCCUCCGGCAUGGUGGGCGCGUCCAUCGACGUGCUGGAGAACGGCGCCACGGAAAUCACCAGCAACGUGAUUCAGGGCCGAGACGAAGAUACAGAUGAUCUCAUGUUGAUGUUCAUCCUGGAGGAACCCCCAAGACUGGGUGAAAUCCUGGUCAACGGCGCCCCCGCCGAGAGGUUCACGCAAGCCGACAUCAUCAACGGAGCGGUGGUGUACGUGCACACCUCGGGAGAAAUCGGACCGGUGAAAGUCCACGACUCCUUCAACCUCACGCUGUCCGACUUAUCCGAGCAGUGGGUGGUCGGCGGGAACAAGGUCCAAGGAGUGACGGUGCACGUUACAAUCCUGCCUGUCGAUAGCAUCCCGCCGGUUGUUAGCGUCGGGGGUCAGUUUAUAGUGCUGGAAGGCGAGAAGAACGUCAUCACCCUGGACCAGAUCCAAGCAGAAGACAUCGACACAAACAGCGAGGACAUCCUGUGCACGAUCAUCGUCCAACCCUCGUCCGGCUACGUGGAGAACAUCUCCCCGGCUCCUGGCUCGGAGAAGUCACGCGCAGGAACUGCCAUCACCGCCUUUAGCAUCAAAGAUAUCGCGGUCGGGCACAUCUACUAUGUCCAAAGCAUCCACAAAGGCGUGGAACCCGUGGAGGACCGCUUCACCUUCCGCUGCUCAGACGGCAUCAACUUCUCAGAACGACACUUCUUCCCGGUGGUCAUCAUUCCCACCAACGACGAAAAACCGGAAAUCUUUGUCCGCGAGUUCAUCGUCAUGGAGGGCAUGAGUUUGGUCAUCGACACGCCCAUCCUGAACGCUGCCGACGCCGACAUUCCUGACGACGACCUGCACUUCGAGAUCGUCAAAAACCCUAAACACGGCACCAUCGUCCAACAACUCAGCACCGGGACCAUCCCUGUGGACAGAUUCGACUUAGAACAGAUCAAGGAGGCCUCAAAUAUCGUCUACGAGCACGACGACUCGGAAACCAAAGAGGACAGCUUUGUGAUACGCCUCUCGGAUGGUAAAAACACGGUUGAGAAGAAAGUUCUCGUCAUGGUCAUCCCGGUGGACGACGAAACACCCAGGAUGGCGAUUAACGACGGACUCGAGGUGGAGAUCGGCGAGACGAAAGUCAUCAGCAACCGGAUUUUGAAGGCCACCGAUCUGGACUCUGAGGACAGCUUGCUUGUCUACGUCGUACGAUACGGUCCGGGCCAAGGCUACCUCCAGCGAAUCAGCAAAUUUGGCGAUGUCCUCGGCAACAUCACCAUCGGCAUGAACUUUACCCAAGACGAGGUCGAUAAACAGCUCAUCCAGUACGUGCACACCGGCCAGGAAGGUAUCCGAGACCUUCUCAAGUUUGACGUCACAGACGGCAUCAACGCACUCAUUGAUCGCUACUUCUACAUCAACAUCGGUAGCAUCGACAUGGUCUUCCCAGAAGUUAUCAACAAAGGCGUGACCCUCAAAGAAGGCGGGAAAGUCACUCUGACCACCGACCUUCUCAGCACCAGCGACAUCAACAGCCCAGAUGAGUUCCUCAGCUUUAGCAUUACACGAGCCCCGAGCAGAGGCCACCUGGAGUGCACCGAUUACCCCGGCGUCCCCAUUUCCACGUUCACCCAGCUGCAGCUAGCCGGCAACAAAAUCUACUACAUCCACACGUCUGACGACGAGAUAAAAAUGGACAGCUUCGAGUUCGAGGUAACGGACGGCUACAACCCAGUCUUUCGCACUUUCAGGGUGUCCAUCACCGACGUGGACAACAAAAAACCUGUUUUGACGAUUAGCAAGCUAGUAGUGGAGGAGGGCGAAAUCAAACUCAUCACGCCGUUCGAGCUAACGGCGGAGGAUCGUGACACGCCGGACCGGUACCUGCGUUUUGUCGUGACGCAAGUACCGGUGCACGGACAGCUGCUUUUUAACAACUCCAGGCCCAUCACGUCAUUCACCAAGCAAGACCUGAACGAAAACCUGAUCAGCUACAAGCACGACGGCACCGAGACCAAUGAGGACAGCUUCUCCUUCACGGUCACCGACGGCACCCACACCGAUUUUUACGUGUUCCCAGAUACCAUUUACGAGACGCGAAAGCCGCAGAUGAUGAGCAUUCACAUCAACACGGUGGACAACGGCGUGCCGCAGAUUGUGGUCAACAAGGCGGCGGCUUCGCUCAGGCUCCUCCCCUCGGGCCACAUAGGCUUCCUGAUUACCAGCAAGGCCCUGCGAUCGGAGGACCGAGACAGCCAGCAGGACGUCCUGAAGUACAUCGUGUCCGAAGCGCCGCAGCACGGGUUUAUCAUAAACAUGGCGCAGGGAAAUGACAGCAUCAGCACGUUCACGCAAGCUGACAUCAACGACAUGAAGAUCAGCUAUGUCUUAUUGGAUGGAAGCAACGCCACCAGUGACAUCUUCUACUUUACGAUUGAGGACAACGGCGGAAACAAACUCAAGCCACAACCAUUCCGGCUCAACUGGGCUUGGAUCUCCCUGGAGAGGGAGUACUAUCUAGUAGACGAGGAUGCCAAGUUCCUGGAGGUGACCCUCAAACGCCGGGGAUACCUUGGGGAAACAUCCUUUGUCAGCAUCGCGACCAAGGACGGUACCGCUGAGAAGGACAAAGACUUCCGAGGGAAAUCCCAAAAGCAGGUCCAGUUCAACCCGGGCCAGACCACAGCGUCCUGGAAGGUGAAGAUCUUCACCGACCAGGAGUUUGAAACGUCGGAGAACUUCCAGAUUCUGUUGUCCGAUCCGGUCAUGGCUGUGCUGGAGUUCCCGGAUGUGGCCACUGUGGAGAUUGUGGACCCGGGAGAUGAGUCGACCGUGUUCAUCCCUCAAUCCGAGUUCAAAAUCGAAGAAGACAUCGGAGAGCUUCUGAUUCCGGUCCGACGGUCUGGUGACGCCAGCCAGGAACUCAUGGUCAUCUGCUCCACUCAACAAGGUACCGCCACGGGGACCAUUCCCACCUCCGUGCUGUCCUACUCGGACUACAUCACGCGGGCCGACGACCACACCAGCGUUCUACGUUUCGACAAAGAUGAGCGUGAAAAGUUCUGCCGGGUCAUUAUUAUCGAUGACUCGCUGUACGAGGACGAGGAGAGCUUCAACGUGACCCUCAGCGUGCCCAUGGGGGGCCGGGUGGGCGCCGCCUAUCCCGUCGCCAAGGUCACCAUCUUGGCCGACGCUAACGACGAGCCGUCGCUGUAUUUUGGGGAGCCCGAGUAUAUGGUGGACGAGAGUUCAGGCUAUGUGGAGGUGAAGGUAUGGCGGACUGGUACAGAUCUGUCCAAGACGGCCACUGUGACCGUUCGUUCCAGGAAGAGCGAGCCCGUUUCAGCUGAAGCUGGUCUGGACUACGUGGGCAUCAGCCGCAACUUGGACUUUGCUCCCGGAGUGACCAUGCAGACGUUCAGGGUGACCAUCUUGGACGACCUGGGUCAACCUGAACUGGAAGGACCAGAGACCUUCGAUCUGGUGCUAAGGAUGCCCAUGAAUGCAGUGCUAGGAGAACCCAGCAAGACCACCAUCACCAUCAACGACACCAUCACAGACGUGCCAAAGUUCCAGUUCAAAGAGGGCAGCUACAAAGUGGACGAGUCCGACGGGGAGGUCAAGGCGAUAGUGUACCGCAGCGGAGACACUAGCAUUACGUCCACGGUGCGCUGCUACACCCGACAGGGCACGGCUCAGGUUAUGAUGGACUACAGCGAAAGACCUAACACCAACACAUCCAUUAUCACCUUCCUACCAGGGGAGACGGAGAAACCUUGCGUGGUCAAGCUGGAGGACGACUCCAUUCACGAGGAAGACGAGGAGUUCCGUCUGGUUUUAGGAACGCCCAAGAGCAAGUCACAGUACGGGGCUACACUCGGAGAGCCGAAGGAAGCCCUGAUCAAAAUGACUGACUAUAAAGACAAACCCAUCAUUCGCUUCUCUGAGAUCAAGUACAGCGUGCGAGAGCCACAGGUUAAAGGUGAUUUCGCCAUCGUCAAGAUCCCCAUCCUGAGAACGGGUGACACCUCGAAACUGUCGGUGGUAAGGGUGCACACCAAGGACGGCUCGGCUACUUCAGGGGAGGACUACAACCCACUGUCAGAAGACGUGGAGUUCAAGGAGGGCGACAAAGAGCAUUUUGUGGAGAUCGAGAUCCUUUACGACGGUGAGCGGGAGAUGAGGGAAGCGUUCACGGUGCAUAUGAAGCCCGAUGACAACAUGGUGGCAGAGAUACAGAUGAACAAAGCCAUUGUGUACAUCGAGGAGAUGGACAGCGUGGCAGACGUCACGUUCCCGGCUGUGCCCCACGUGGUUUCCCUGCUCAUGUACGACGACAUGUCCAAAACCAAAGACAACCCCUACCCGGUUAACGGAUACCCAGUGGUGUGUGUGACGGCCUGCAACCCUAAAUACGACGACUUUGACAAAACUGGUUCCAUCUGCUCGGCGGAGAACAUCAACGACACCUUGACCCAUUACCGCUGGUCAGUCAGCGCCCCCACUGGGUCGGAUGGGGUGACAAGUCCCAUGAGGGAGGUGGACACAAACACCUUCUUCACCAACACCAAAUCCAUCACCUUGGAUUCCAUCUACUUCCAAGCGGGCUCCAGAGUCCAGUGCGCUGCCAGAGCCUUCACUUCCAACGGUGAUGCUGGUCUUGAGCUUUCCAGUCCUAUCGUCGUGAUUAGCAAGGAGGAAGGUAUGUGUCAACCGCGGAUUCAAGGCACCGUCGGAGCAGAACCUUUCUCUGCGAAAAUCCGCUACACGGGCCCAGAUGACCCGGAUUUCCCAAACCUCAUCAAGCUGACUAUCAACAUGCCUCAUAUGGAUGGCAUGUUACCGGUGAUCUCCACAAGACCGCUGUCCAACUUUGAGCUCACCCUCAGUCCCGACGGCACCCGCGUGGGCAACCACCGCUGCUCCAACUUGCUGGAUUUUAACGAGAUCCAGACUGGCCACGGCUUCAUCACUGACACCACCAAGAACCCAGAGAUUAUCGGUGAAACAUCACCCUACCAGUACAGCAAUGCCAUGCGAUCGUCCAACUCGCUACGCUUCUACCGGAACCUAAAUUUGGAGGCCUGUCUCUGGGAGUUUACCAGCUACUAUGACAUGUCGGAGUUGCUGAAUGACUGCGGUGGCUCCAUAGCCACAGACGGACAGGUGCUCAACUUGGUCCAGUCCUACGUCACCUUGCGCGUACCCCUCUUCGUUUCCUACGUCUUCCACUCGCCGGUGGCCGUGGGCGGUUGGCAGCACUUUGACCUCCAGUCGGAACUCAAGCUCACCUUCGUGUAUGACACGGCCAUUCUCUGGCAGGAAGGCGUUGGUAGUCCGCCCGAGUCGGAGCUGCAAGGGGCCAUGUACCCCACCAGCAUGCGCAUCAACGAGGAGGGCCGACUGGUGGUCAACUUCAAGACCGAGGCUCGCUUCAGGGGACAGUUUGUUAUGACUCACCCAGCAACCAGCUUGUCUUCCAUGGUGAUAUGCGCCGACCACCCGGGACUGACGUUCACUUUGGCCCUGGUCAGGACCGAGCCCACCCACAACCAGCCUAUGCAACAGUGGAGUUUUGUCUCUGAUUUUGCUGUGCGAGAUUACUCUGGGACGUACACGGUGAAGCUGGUCCCUUGUAUUGCGUCCCCCAAUGGAGAGUUCAGCAUCCCUCCUGUGUGUCACCCGAGAGAGCCUCUGACUUUUGAUAUGGACAUUCGCUUCCAACAGGUGAGCGACCCAGUUGCGGCGGAGUUUAGCCUCAACACGCAGAUGUUCCUCCUGUCCAAGAAGGAGCUGUGGUUGUCUGAUGGUUCCAUGGGCUUUGGAGAAGGCACCGAUACGGCGUUUUCAGAAGGCUCGUCCAUCUAUGGCCGAGUGAUGGUGGACCCGGUGCAGAACCUGGGCGACUCCUUCUCCUGUAGCAUCGAGAAAGUGUUCCUGUGCACCGGCGCUGACGGCUACGUUCCCAAAUAUAACCCCACCAAUAAGGAGUAUGGCUGCUUGGCCGAUUCCCCCUCUCUUCUCUACAGAUUUAAGAUCCUGGACCGGGCCCAGCCGGAGACUCAGGCGACAGCGUUUGGCGACGUUGCCUUCAAGGCCACGCUGGCUUAUGAUACAGAAGGUGCUCUCGCUUUAGUCAAACAACCGGGAUCUGAUGGUUUCACUCUCUCCUCGAGUCCUCUAUUCCAGGUGGCCGCAGGUCGCGAAUGGUACAUUCACACCAUCUACACCGUGCGCUCCAGGGAGAACGCCGACCGCGGCAAACGUAGCGUGGACUACCUCCGCCACGCGCUGUCCGCCGCCCCAGGGUCCAUUCAGACACGUCAGCGCCGCGCUGCCCCUGCCCCCGGCCCCGCCGUGGCCCAGGACAUUGGGGCCGACAAAAACCGCGGCACCAACAUCCAACACAUCGCCUUGGACCGAGCCGACCGUGUGGUGGUUAGCCAGCGCCAGCCUUGGUUUUCCGGCUCGGAGCGCGACCCCGCGCUCGAGCGGCCUCUAGUGGGGAGCUCUGGCAGACAGGACCCCGACGGCACCGCCGUGCCCUUGAUCGUUGGCCUGGUGGGCAUGAUCGUCCUGGCCUGCCUGAUCGCCGCAGUCGUCGUGGCGCUGCUGUUGCGGCGCAGAAAGAAGGAAAAGCACCAGUUCCCGCCCUACGCCACCUCGUCGUCUACCGCCUACAACCGAGGCCCCACCCGGUGGGGUGGCUCGGAUAGUUCCGAGGUCUAGAGGCGGUCGCCCCCACCGCCACCUAUUGACUAUGGUUGUCUCUUCCACCACUGUGCCUUCAUUUCCCAACUUGCAUAGCACUAAAAGCAGUGCAAAAACUAGUGUUGCACCGUUACCAUUUUUGGCUCCCGAUAUGGAGUCCGCCACCAGGCUGUGUGAUCCCAGCCGAUAUUGUACCGAUACAGUGUGUUUUGAAAGCAUAAACAAAAUACAUUUUUUCCUCUUUGAGUACUAAAUUAGCGCAUACUCAAACGCAAAAUAAUCACCAUCAGCAUUAGGUCAGAAACUGCUUAACAAUCUAGGUGCCUAGCUAAAUGCAUGAACUCUUAAAAAAAAAAUGAAUUAAAAUGCUCUUAAAGGACAUUUACUUUAGGUUUAAUGUUAUCCAAGUCCAGAGUUGGUGCCAUUGUACCACAUUAGUUAUACAUUAGCUUAGCUUAUGCCCCAAUCACUUAUGCUAGCAGAGGAAACAAGUUCGCUAACCUGCCCCCCCUUUCUAAAAAGUCCAAUCAGUGCCUUUACACCACAUUCGUACAUUAGCUUAGCUCAUGAGCAACUAACUUAUGCCAACACUGGAUUCACAAGUUCACUAGCCUGCUUUUCCCCCCAAUUUUCCUCCUGCUAAUAAAGGUAACAUUUUAUAGACGCUCAUGUCAGUGUUCAGAAAACUUCAAAUCCUGGCAAGCAUAAGCCUUAACAGUACAUUUAUCCAACAUGAGAGUGCCAUUACAUCAAAUUAUUCAUUAGCUUAAUAUGCUAGCAGAGGACACGAGUACGCUAGCCUGCUUUUCCCCAUUUUCCCUUCUAAUAAAGCUAAGAUCUUUAUAGAAGCUUAUGUCAGUGUUCACAAAACUUAAAAUCCCUGCUAGCAGUCGCGUUUAACAUGUACAUUUAUCCACCAUUUAAAGUAAAUCAGAAAAAUGACUGGUAAUCAAGACUGAUGCUAGUAUUACGCCUAGUCAGCGCUAUUACACGACAUUCGUACAUAUGUGCAUAGCGCGUUAGCUAAACUAAUAGCAGAGCAUUCAAGUUUGCUAGCCUACUUUUUUCUAUCCUUCUAAUAAAGCUAACAUCUUUAUCGACACAUGUCUGUGUUCACAAAACAAAUCCUGGCGAGUAUUCCCGUAUAACAGUACAUUUAUCCAUGAUUUAAAGUAUAUGGGAGUGCCAUUACACCACAUUAGCUUAGCUCACCAGCUAAUUACUUAUGCUAGCACAGGAUACAAGUUCGCAGGGCAGUUUCCCCCUCCCAUUUUUUCCUUCUAAUAAAGCUAACAUCUUUAUAGACUCAUUUUUCAGUGUUCACAAAACUUCAAAUACUUUCUAGCAAUACCGUUUAACCUACAUUUAUGAACCAUUUAAAGUAUAGGGCCAUAGAUCAGAAUAAUAUGACUGUUAAUCAAGACUGAUGCUAGCAUUACGUCCAGGGCUGUUGCCAAUGUACCACCUUAGAAAUAUAUUAGCUUAGCUCAUGUGCUAAUCACUUAUGCUAGCAGAGGAUACAAGUUCGCUAGCCAGCUUUUUCCCAGUUUCCCCUCCUUCUGAUAAAGCUAACAUCUUCAUAAACGCUCAUGUCAGUGUUCAUAAAACUUUAAACCCUGGCUAGCAUGACCGUUUAACAUGCUCUUGGAGGACAUUUUUUUUAAAUGUUUGAUUUGGAAUGAAUCUUAAUGCAUACAUCGGAUAAAUAUGACUGGUAAUCAAGAAUUAGGUUUGUAUUAAGUCAGAGUUGUUGUCAUUGUACCAGAUUAGUAAGACAUUUGCUUAGCUCAUGCGCUAAUAACUUAUGCUAGCAGAGGACAAUAAUUCGCUAGCCUGCUUUUUCUAGUUUUCAGGCCUUCCAAUAAAGCUAAUAUCAUAAAAGACGCUCAUGUCAUUGUUCACAAAACUUCAACUCCUAGCUAGCAUUACCAUUUUACAUGUACAUUUAUCCAGUAUUUUAAGUAUACAGGAGUGCCAUUACUCAUUAUUCAUUAGCUUAACUUGUGUGAUAAUUACGCUAGCAGCGGAAAACAUGUUCCCUAGCCUGUUUUUACAGCUCCUUCAAAUAAAAAUAUGACUGUUAUAUGAGCACAUUCAACAAUACUUACCAGAAUAACGAACGAACAAUGAAACAAAUGUGCAGUAACUGGUGGCCAUCUUGGGAAGGGCGACUGGUCGUUGGAAACAAAAUCUCCAAUAGUAUUUAAUGGACAGCAUUGGCGUCAUUUUUCAGUACUAGCCAUUAAUGCCGUUUGGGUUCCCUUUCUAGACUAGUAUCGGUGCAACACUAACAAAAAAUUGAGAAUCCAACUGCUAAUACGAGGGGGUUCACUGUAUAUAAUGAUGAGAAUUAUGGGGUUAACUCUGACGUUUUUAAACUCAGUGGGGCUGAAAAAUAAGUCCCGUUUUACCUGAAAAAAAAAAAAGUUUCGCGCUCUUCUUUUGAUCUCAUUUUUGUUUGCGAAUGCAUGAAAGGCAAAACAAACGCUAAGUGUAUGUAAUCAGCUCAGGCAGCCAUUACUUGACAUGAAUUUUUCUUUUUUUUUUUAAAGGUUGUUAUUAAUUGACUGUGAC